AUGGUGACAUGGCCCGUGGGAGCCGAGCAGUUCUACAACGAGAAGUUGGUGACACAAGUGUUGAAAACAGGAGUGAGUGUGGGAGUGAAGAAGCUGGUGAAAGUUGUUGGAGAUUUCAUUAGCAGAGAGAAAGUGAGGAAAGGGGUGAGGGAAGUGAUGGUUGGAGAAGAGAGGAGAAGGCGGGCAAAAGAGUUAGCGGAAAUGGCUAAAAACGCGGUGAAAGAAGGAGGAUCUUCAGAUAUAGAGUUGAAUAGGUUAAUGGAAGAGCUUAAGUUGGUUUGA